ACAAUUCAAAAAGGGAGGAAAUUAUCUACUACAUCCUCAUCCAUCAUCAUUCAUCACGACAUUCAUGUUAUUAAUUUACACACUUCUUCCAAGUUCCAUCCAUCAUCUAUAGAGAUAUCAAAUCAUAUAUAUUAUUGUAUGUAUAUGCUGUAAAGGCAACUGCUAACCACUUUUGAUCAUUUCUUAUAUUGCUUUACUUAAUUCAUGUUUCUGUAGCUAGCUAGCUAGUUAGAGAGAAACAUAAAAAAUGGAUCAGCCGGAACAGACAAACAAAUUGCCACCGCCCAUCGUCCCUUCCCUGCCCAGAGAUCCUCGCGGCUCACUCGAAGUGUUCAAUCCAACGGGCUACACAUCUCCUCGCCAGACAAUUCCUGUCUUCCGCCCACAACCACCGUCUUGGAAGAGUUGGGCCGAGCAGCCGGAGCCGGAGCCUACGCCGGACCUGUCCUCAAAGUCUGGAAGGCAAGACCCGGAGGAGAUCACGACAUGGAUGGCCCUGAAAGAGUCAUCCUCCGAGGAAAAUCCACCGCCGGCGGUGGCUCACAAGACGAUUGCUGCGGCUGUACUGAAAGAUCACGAGAAGGCGACGGCGGUGGUGGGGAAUUCUUCUACGGGGGAAGUUGGAGCGGCGGCUCAGAGGGCGGCAGAGUGGGGAUUGGUGCUGAAGACGGAUGAUGAAACGGGGAAAUUGCAGGGAGUGAAGGUUAGGACUUCUGGCGAUGAAUUGAGUGGAAAAUCUGGAAAUCGAAGGGAAUCAGGUAACUCUGUUCGGACUUCCGGCGACAUGUCUGACGAUGGAACAGGGAAAGAGAGGGGAUUUCCAAGGGUGUCGGAGGACUUGAAAGAUGCAUUGUCGACAUUCCAGCAAACAUUUGUGGUGUCGGAUGCCUCCAAACCCGAUUUCCCGAUCAUGUACGCCAGCGCCGGUUUCUUCAAAAUGACCGGUUACACCUCGAAAGAAGUUAUAGGGCGAAAUUGUCGUUUUUUACAAGGUAAGGACACAGACUCAGGAGACGUGGCUAAGAUAAGAGAGUCUUUACAAGUGGGAAAUAAUUACUGUGGGAGACUUCUUAAUUACAAGAAAGACGGCACUCCUUUCUGGAACCUUCUAACUAUUGCACCCAUUAAAGAUGACACUGGAAAAGUCCUCAAGUUCAUUGGAAUGCAAAUGGAGGUAAGUAAGCAUACAGAAGGGUUCAAGGACAAGUCACUCCGCCCCAAUGGCUUGCCCGAGUCACUAAUCCGAUACGAUGCCCGCCAAAAGGACAUGGCAAAUAGCUCAGUUGCAGAGCUAUUGCAAGCAGUGAAAAGGCCCCGCGCCAUGAGUGAAUCUGUAAACCAUAACCGUCCCAAUUUCUUGAGGAAAUCGGAGGACAAUGUCGGCGUUGAGCAUAAGAAGAUGGAUGCGCUCGGGAGGCGAAAUUCUGAUACGAUGUUUCCUCCUCGUCGGAAUUCACACGCCGGCACCCGCACCUCCUCUAUGCAGAAGAUCAGUGAGAUCCCCGACAAGAAACCGCCAAAGAAAUCCUCCCGUCGCUCUUUCAUGGGGAUAUUGAAGAAGAGUCGGGCGAGUACGGACGAAGAUGAGUUUGAUCCUGAUAUGAUCAUAGCCGAUGAUGACUCUGACGAUGAUGAUAGUGACGUCGACGACGCACGCCCUGAGAGCUUGGAUGAUAAAGUUAGGAAGAAGGAGAUGAGGAAGGGUAUGGAUCUCGCCACCACUUUAGAACGUAUAGAGAAGAACUUCGUCAUUACCGAUCCAAGGCUGCCUGAUAAUCCAAUUAUAUUUGCAUCCGAUAGCUUCCUGGAGCUAACAGAGUACAGCCGUGAAGAAAUCUUAGGAAGAAAUUGCAGGUUUCUACAAGGACCAGAAACUGAUCCAGCGACUGUGAGGAAAAUCAGGAAUGCUAUUGAAAAUGAAACAGAGGUCACCGUGCAGCUGAUUAACUACAGCAAAAGCGGGAAGAAGUUUUGGAACUUGUUCCAUCUGCAGCCUAUGCGUGAUCAAAAGGGUGAAGUUCAAUACUUCAUAGGAGUUCAGCUAGAUGGAAGUGAACAUGUUGAGCCUCUUCACAACUGUAUCCCCGAGGCAACAGCCCAAGAAAGCGCGAAAAUUGUGAAAGAAACGGCUGCAAAUAUUGAUGAUGCAGUCAGGGAAUUUCCAGAUGCUAAUACGAAACCAGAGGACUUGUGGGCUAACCACUCAAAAAUUGUUCACCCAAAGCCCCAUAGAAGGGAAAGCUCUUCUUGGAAAUCAAUCCAAAAGAUCCUAGAGAGUGGGGAAUCAUUAGGAUUAAAGCAUUUCAAGCCAAUAAAGCCAUUGGGAUCGGGUGACACUGGCAGCGUGCAUUUGGUUGAGCUAUGUGGCACUGGUGAAUUAUUUGCCAUGAAAGCCAUGGACAAGGGAAUUAUGCUGAACAGAAAUAAGGUGCAUAGAGCUUGUGCAGAAAGGGAAAUCUUGGACAUGUUGGACCAUCCUUUUCUUCCUGCUUUGUAUGCCUCCUUUCAGACAAAGACUCAUAUAUGUCUGAUUACUGAUUACUUCCCUGGAGGAGAGCUUUUCCUUCUCUUGGACAGUCAACCAACUAAAGUCUUAAAGGAAGAUUCCGUCAGAUUUUAUGCUGCCGAAGUAAUUGUUGCAUUGGAGUAUCUUCACUGUCAAGGAAUAAUAUACAGGGAUUUGAAGCCAGAAAAUGUGUUACUUCAGAGCAAUGGACAUGUCUCUUUAACAGAUUUUGAUCUAUCUUGCUUGACAUCUUGCAAACCUCAGCUUCUGCUCCCAGAAACAAAUGAAAAGAAAAGGAACAAGAAGAGCCGGUAUGACGGUCCAGUCUUCUAUGCUGAACCGAUGAGAGCUUCAAAUUCUUUUGUGGGAACAGAGGAAUACAUUGCUCCGGAAAUCAUAACAGGAGCAGGGCAUACAAGUGCUGUAGAUUGGUGGGCUCUUGGUAUCCUACUGUAUGAAAUGCUAUACGGAUACACGCCAUUCAGGGGAAAAACAAGGCAGAAGACGUUCAGUAAUAUUCUUCACAAGGAUCUUAAAUUCCCUGGAAGUAUACAGUCGAGUCUCCAGGUAAAGCAGCUCAUGUACAGGCUGCUACAUAGAGAUCCAAAGAACAGGCUUGGCUCGCGCGAAGGCGCAAACGAGAUUAAGAGACACCCUUUCUUUCGUGGUGUCAAUUGGGCUCUAGUUCGUUGCAUGAAUCCUCCUAAACUCGAUGCUCCUAUCGAUGAAACUGAGAAAGAAAUCGAUCCAGCGCUUGAAGAAUUGCAGAAGAAUUUCUAAGAGAAGUCUUUAUACUAAGAAGAAUGGAGUUCUUUUUUAUACAAAAUGCUUCCCAAAAAUAAAUGAAAAUUUGAAGUUAUUUUAUUUUCAGUUUGUCAUUUCCUUUCGCGUGUAAUCAGGGUUUUGUGUUUAGCAAUCUUCUGUAUUUUUGUUUUGUUUUGUUUUGUGAUUUCCAUGGUUUAAUUUAAUUUGGCUUGAUUUCAAUCA